AUGUCUGCACACCAUCAUCACAGGACGACGAAUAAACGGGUUUGGAAGAGGGGUUUUCGCGAUCAGGGACUGGGGAAAAAUGAGGAAGAUGAUAUAGGAGCGAAUAAAAAAAACAACGAGAGAAAUACAGCAGGAAAAAAAGUCAAGGGCAAAAAGAAACAAUAUAUGUCCGAUGCGCAGUCGAUACAAAUAACGGUGUUCCGCGUGCCAUGGCAGCUCGGUUGA